CCCCCCCCCCCGUCCCUGUCUCGACAGGUCCAUCGCGGUGGCGCCGGAGGUCGCGGCCGCCCUCGCCCGCGGCGGCGCGGUCGUCGCCCUCGAGUCCACCAUUAUCUGCCACGGCAUGCCGUACCCCAAGAAUCUCCAGACCGCCGUGGAGGUGGAGGCCGUCGUCAGGGACACUGGGGCUAUCCCUGCCACCAUAGCCAUCCUAGAUGGAGUCCCACAUGUUGGCCUCAGCAGUGAACAAUUAAAGAGACUGGCUACUAAUGGAAGUCAAUUUCACAAGACUGCUAGAAGGGAUAUUGCACAUGUCGUUGCAUCUGGUGGCAAUGGUGCAACAACAGUUUCUGCCACUAUGUUCUUUGCUCACAAGGUUGGCAUACCAAUUUUUGUAACUGGGGGAAUAGGAGGCGUGCAUAGACAUGGCGAACAAACUAUGGACAUCUCCUCAGACUUAACUGAACUUGGAAAGACUCCUGUGGCUGUUAUAUCAGCAGGCGUGAAGUCCAUUUUGGACAUACCAAGGACACUUGAAUACCUGGAAACUCAAGGGGUCACUGUUGCUGCUUACAGAACCAAUGAAUUUCCUGCUUUCUUCACAGAGAUUAGUGGAUGCCAGGUACCAUGUCGCGUUGAUUCUCCAGAAGAAUGUGCCAAAAUAAUACAUGCAAACAAGAACCUUGAUCUAGGUUCUGGGAUCCUUAUCGCAGUGCCAAUUCCCACACAGGAUGCAGCUUCAGGGAACAUUAUAGAGUCUGCAAUACAGAAAGCUCUAGAGGACGCAGAGGAAAAAAAGAUAAUAGGAAAUGCGAUUACUCCGUUCAUGCUUGAAAGAGUAAAAGAACUAACUGGAGGAUCUUCCUUGGAAGCCAAUAUUGCACUUGUUAAGAACAAUGCUCGUCUUGGUGCAGAAGUUGCUGUUGCCCUUUCUAAUCUUCAGCACAAAGAAAAAAACAGAAUGAGGAGAUCGGCAUUGUAGAGCCGUGCUUGCGGGUAUCCAGGCCCUGGCGGAAGACUUUGUACACCACUUGGAUGUGCAGGCUUAGCUGGUGCUUCCUGCAGUGUACUGGACAGCACAGGAGGAUAGUCUUUAUUGUGUUUUUUUUUUGGGAACAGUCUUUAUUGUGUUAGAGUGUGGCAAGAAUGCCAAUGUAGUAAGAAAGGUGUGGAGUCGAGACAAUCCAUGCACAAUGGUAGAAUGCUAUUACUUUAGUUUUUUUUUCUGUUCUCUGGAUUUUUUUCUACUCCGAAUUUGGUGGUCC